GAGAACGACAUCGCGGCCAACCCUCCAGCUGGACUCCAGCGCUUUUGUUGUAAUUUUCGACUCAAUCGGCACCUAGGCAAAAGACCUUCGAGGCGGCCCUUCACAACGAUGCCCGUCCCCUUCGAAACCCUGCUGCCGUAUGGCAUCAUGAUUGUCAUGUUCGGCGCCACGGGUACCGGACUUGCGGCCUUCAAGACAUGGCAGAACGAGGGCAAGCGACCGCGCUACUCAUUGGAUCAGUGGGACAAGGUCAUGAUGGAGCGAGACCGACGGCUUACAGGAACCCUGAGAGGGCAGACGGACAAUCCACAGGCUCCGUUGGGAUUCGAAUUCAGCAACGGAUGGAAGGUA